AUGAAUGAUUAAAAUAAAGGAUCUGAAAAAUAAGAAAUAAAUAAUUUAUAAAGCUUAUUUGAACCGUAAACUGUAGUUUGUAGAGGCUAAUUUAAUAAAGAAAUUUAGAUAUUAGUGAAUAAAUCAUUAGGGGAUAAGAUGGCUUAUUUAGAUGUCUUAAAAUACAAGAGUGCCUUAGCAAAGAAGAUUUUAAGUUCACAAAUCUGA